AUGGCGGACGGGAGAAGUUUCAGCACACCUAGGAGGAAACUGACGAUUGAUAAAUGUUCCUUUCGCGAUGAAAAGGAAAGGUUCAGACGACACAUAGAGGAGCAUCCUUUCAAUCAUGCGGUUUGUUCAUAUUUGACUUUAAUUAGACGCAAAUUCUCUUUUUCACUCACGUGGGUUUCCAACAUGAGGUCGACUUGGGAUUGCUCAGAAUGUAGCGCAUGGGUCGGGAGCUAGCUUUUAGAGAAAAACUGUAUAUACCUUGUGUCGGUUUCCUGCGGAAGAUAACUUUUUUUUCAUGAUUUCUUCAGGUAAUUAUUUUGAGUAUUCUAAAAUAUUUUUUACUUGGAAAAAUAAGGCUUUGUCACCUACCCCCACCCCCAUAUCAUGCCACCCAACCUACCCCCUGUUGUUUUCCUCAGGAAUCUCUGUUUCGAUAUAGAUCUUCUGGUGAAAAAAUGGAAAAAGGAAGUAAGCGCCCAAUACCAAUCAUAUAAUCGAUUAAUCAAGCUUUUUGACCAAUAACAGAGUAGACAUGUCUAUUCUCCACUCUCCUAACUGUUCUUCAUACAUUUCCUAUGGAGUUGACAAGGAAAAUUUCGUUGAAAAUUACAAGCUUUUCAAGUUAAUGAUAAUUUCCUUAAUUCUUGUAACCCUAAUGUAAUUUGUAGUUACCAGUGUUAAUGACUAAAAUGAUUGAGAAAAUAGUUGUAAGUCACCCUCAUCAGCCAAUCAAUUAAUCAAUCAUGUAAUUAAUUAAUUCCGACUACAUUUUUUUUUUUUUUACUUUUAUUUUAUUAAAUUGAUGCUCAGUUUUUAUUUCCUAUGUAAAUUGUAGGUAGAGAUUACUGUUCCAGAUUAUUUACUUGAAAAUGUUACACAGUGCUUCCAGAGCAUUUCACCAUCUCAGGAUUCAUAUUGUUUGAUUGAACUACCAGUGCAUGUCUUCAUAGAGGUGGAGUUUAUCAAGACAUUUCUACAAAGUGGUAAUUUUCUGUAGCCUUCUUAUUUAAAUUUAAUUUUUUUAAUGAUAUUAACAGCUGCUUGAUAUUUGCCUCUUAGCAGACUUAUUUUUUAUAAAAUUUUUCUCACAAGGUAUAUGUAACACAUUUUGCACAUCUAUGUCAAAAUAAUUAUGGUGUAAAUUGUUAGUAAUCAUUUCAUGUGCAUUUGUAUUUGUUUCACAGGUCAGUUCAUUGCCCUCAGCUGGGAAACAUACAUUGAUGCAGGCAACUGUGCAGCAGUCCUUCCAACUGGUAAGAAUGUGGGAAUAACUGGAUCAGAUCUAGCAAUCCUUAGCUGAUAAUUUGUUAAGAUAUGAGAGGGUGUGAAUUUUCAUAUCAGUUAGUUCUUAGAAGUAUUGGAUGUGGCCAAGUUGUCCAUUCAGCUAAAUCCCAUUUGUAAAAUCAGCACCCAGCUAGCAACAUUUGGUUGUUUGUAACUGAUGUUCUGGGAAGAUAACUAUUUAAUUAAUAGCUUGGGUCCUGCUCAGAAGGAACAAAGGAAAACUAGGAAUGGCAGCUCCCCAACAUUAACUUAACCAUUUUCAUGCUCUUUUUCAUUUCUCCGUCUCUAUUUUUCUAUCAUUUCACUUCCUGAGAGCCUGGUAUAGCCAAGAACAGUAAGAUAAGAUCUUAGACUGGUUUUUAGAUUUACAUAUCAGAAGCAUGGAAUUAGUGAUUGUAAUAGAGAGAUAGCUGUGUUAGGGAUGUUGCACUUGAUAAAAGUAGAGAAAUGCUGGAGUUUACCAAUGAGUUGUUAAAGAAUCACAUAAUUUAUCUUAUUUCUUGGGGAAUCAUUUAGGAGUCCUCAUUCUUUCUUUGGACAAAGACACAUAUGAGCAGUUGGGUCUCACAGGGAAACCAUCAGUGUUUCAAAAGAAACACAGAUUCAGUAAGUAUUGUUACUAUACUUGGCAAAUUGUAAUCAAUCUAUCAAUUGAAAAUAGAUUUGAUAAUUUGCUGUGUGUCCAUUCAGUAAUAGAUCACAGAUGACAUAAAAAAGUGGCACAUAAGUUGUGGCUGAAUAUGUCAUUUAUGUUCUCACCACAGUUUGACAUCUUUUGUGAUCUAUUACUGAACAGACCUGCAGCUACAUGAGAUUAACAGAGAGGAAUAUACCAUAAAUGGUGAAGUCAUCUAUUCAUAAGUAUGUGUCUGUACUCCAAUAGAUCAUAAGGAAGAGAACAAAUCAAAAGGCAUGUACAAUUUAGCUUCUAAGUAGUACAUAAAAUGAAAUAGUGCAUGAACUUGGUUCAUGGAAAUUUGGAGUCAUUUGAUUCAGUUUGAGGUAUUAAGUUUUAGAGUCCUUAAAACAAUUGCAGCGUAUGGGGUGUUGCACAAUUUUUUUUGUUUUGAAUUUAGAUGUGGAGGUUAAUCUGGCUGCACCAAAUUUUGUUCCUGGAAAGAAGGUUUAUGAGAGAGUCAGAUGGUGUCUAAAGGACAACCUACCAUUAACAUUCAAGUUUCUCAUGAGUUGGACAAAUGAAGGUAGGCAAAGACAUACUGCAUGGUAAGAUUUACAUGCAUGUGGCAUUAAACUGGCCCUUGUUUAAAAUUGGCCCUGCUGAGAAUCACUGGAAGUUGAGGUGGUUCAGGGGUUACUCUGCACGUUUAGAGAGUGGAUCAUAGGCUGAGGGUGUAAGCAUGGCUACAUUAUACAGUUGUGUUCCCAGGCAAGACACACUGCCUCUCUCCAUAAAGAAGCAUCUUGUUGAAUUGGUCAAAUUGAUCUUCCAGAGAAGCCUGAUAAAAAGCUGGGGUGUUGGUCAGCGGUCAAUAUCAUUGUUGCUUGAGUGCAAGGACACACUUUGUUAGAGUCCACCACUAAUACUAGAUGUAAUACAGUCUCUAGAUGGGGAAACCCUGUUUUUACCAAGUUUAAUACCUCUCCUAGGUCAAGUAUCAACAAGCAAACUCCACUCUUUCUUCAGUUCAUUUGGUUGCCAGAUGUUGUAUAAUACAGAGGAUAUCAAACAAGUUCAGAACCAUCAGAAAGCUCCAAAGAUUAGCUUUGACAAAUCAAAAUUCACAGAUAAUGGCACUAGCACAGAGACUGAUGUGUGUGACUGUAUGUCAUUUUUUGAAUGGCUUGGCUGUGUUGCUUGUGGAGUGGAUUGGUAAUUAUUAUGCUCACUGUAAAUUGGGAAUCAAUAGGAAAUGAAAUGAAAUUCUUUAAUUUGCCAAAUGAAAAUCUGUAAUUUGCAAAACGAAAAUCUGUAAUUAGUCUAUCGAUCUUUUUUCAUUCCUCCCAUUUCUUUGAACAACUGAGAUCUAAUAAUUGUCAUUAACCGCUUUGUAUAUGCCACUCUUUGAACUUGAGAUGGCUGCACAUCCAGUGGUGGUUUUUGCAACAAAUCAAAUUAAAAACUUUUAACUUUGAGUUAAAAAAAAAAACCAAAGCAGAGUCCAUGCAAGUUGCUUUUAGAUUUGUAGCCCCUAUUCUUUCAUUCUAUGAGACUUAUGAUAAAUGUGAUUCAACCUUUUCCUCAAACUUUUUUUUUUCAGCUCAGCAACCUUGCCAGACAGUUAUGUAUCAACACUAACAUGUCCAGAACAAUCAUGCAGCUUGAAACAGCUGAUAACAUGCCGCUGGACUGGAAUGAUAACAAGCAACAGCAUUUUAUCAAUUUUACAUACAGUAAGGUAAGAUCAAACCAAAUGACACUGGAGUGAAAAUGUAUUAAAUGAUAAACAGGGUGAUAAAAACUAACAAAAUUGUUACCAUUCUUGGUAUAAUUAAAAUGUGAACUUUUGUCACUAAUAAACUAACUCUUCAGUGCUACACUGGGAGUAAAAACUAUGCCAUGUGUAUGUACGGAGGACAUUACAACUACCCCAUUUUCAUGAAAUCACUCAAAUGGGAGUAAAGCUUACCAUUCCUGUAUGGGAUGCUAUUCUACUGCAAGAAUUCUCCAAACAGUCUGUAGGUACCUUUUGCAUAAUAUAUCCUCCAGUAGCAUUAGUCACAUUAAUCAUUUGAGAAAUCUUACCAUAGAUAGUGAGCUAAGGUUUUUAGCCCCUUUUCUGUUCAUGUGGGCAAUAUCGUCGUUCUUACUAAAGAUGAAUGUUAGCUGGACUCAUAACAGGGCUGACAUUCUUCAUUUAAAGACAUCAAAUUUUAUUAAGUUAAAUCCUAAGAUCAGAUUGUGAAUUCUCCAUUCGAUAAUUUUGGGUAUUGGUAUUCUUAGUACCUGUUUGGUGGAUAAUGCAUGGAUAUCAUGGGGAGAAAUUACAUAUUAGUCACUUCUGGGAGUUAAACAGUUAAGGAAAAAGCAGUAAAGAGAGGUCUCUCAAGUCACAUUGACAAGGUUCACAUGGAGAAGGCUCUUUUACUUAUCAAACUUUUCUCUGACAGAAACCUUCUAAAGACAGCUGAUCUUCCUUGGGUGGCAGUGACUGUGUGGGGAUUUACUGACUGUCCAGUUACAUGGAAACAGAAUGAACAUGGACACUUUGUCAGUGGGGAGAACUUGUACACCUUUGUGGUGUUUCCUAAUGAUCAGUACUGGCUCUAUACAGCUAUGAGUGAUCAGGAUGUUGGUUUAUAAGCUGUUAUAUGUCUGAAACACUGGGUGACUUAACAAGAAAUUUGUCAUGACCCAUGAAAAUUGUCAAGGAUAGUCACUGCUGGCAGUGAUUUCACUGUUUUCUGACCAUUGCAGUUGGCAUGUGCAAGUAAAGCUGCAGGUGUUUGCCCAAUCUGACAAUUCUUUGGCCAGUUGCUGUGAGUAGCUAGGUCAAUCAGCAAUUCAGAUUGGGCAAUUUUGACACAUGAAUUUCCAAAGCAGAGCCUGAAAACAAAGUUGAAGGCCCAAAUCACUUUUAAGUGGUAACAAUUGUGAAGUCUGCCCUGAUGGAUCAGCUAAAAUUUCCUCAACUUUUUCCAGUUCAGCAGCCUCGCCAGACAUUUAUGUAUCAAUGCUAACAUGUCUAGGACAUUCUAGAACCAUCUGACUUCAUGUCAGAUAUAGUAAAUAAGUAUAGAAAGGGAAAAAAAGCAAGGCUGCAAAUAACAGCUGGUCAUCAGACAAAUGUUUUUUUUGUUUAACAUCAGGUUUUAGGGGGCAAAAAUUUGGCCUUGGCAGACGCCCUGAUCAGAAAGAAAUAUAUAUUUAAUUUGAAGUAUGCACCAUAAGCAUGGAACACUUUGGUUUGUAGGCAGGUAGCAAUUACAAGACAGUGUGGUUGCAAUUUCUAGUAUGAACAAUGUCAUCUUCCAUGGAAAUUUUUUAGGUUUCACCCGAUUUGCUUCUUGUCAGGUAAAAACAGCAACUUAUAUGUAAAACCUACUCAUUAGCUAGACUAAUGACCUGGCUAAUGACAAAAAUUUAUUUUUGGAAUUGUCUUGUCCAUAGAACAGAAAAUAAUAAACUUUUGUCUGAUAUUUAUCAGAAAUUAUACGAGUUAUUUUCUUGAGGCAAAUAAUUUUGCUUGGCAAUAUGGAAUAUAUGAAUGGAAGAUGACUUUACAUAAUAACUGUAUUAAAAUAAGGAUUGAAGUAUAACUCGUGGGUCUAGAUGUCAGAAGCAAGAUUUCUGUGUCAGUUAAGUUAAGCUGCCAACCUUUGGAAGGGUUAAAUUUAAGUUUGAUGUUUACUAAUGCCAAAAGACAUGUUACAAUUAACACUUUGCUUAUACUCUGAAAUUACCUCUAGUAAUGUACCUCUUCUAAAUAAAUAAAUAAAUGACAACAUUCUACUUCACUUGAUUUACACCAUUUAAUAGAUUUCCAC